GCGUACGAAGGGAAUUUCUCAAUUCUCAGAACUCCGGAAGGCUCUGAUCGUCCCGACGAGUCGCUAGGGUUUCCAAUUCCGAUUCCGAUUCCCUUGCCUUCUCUCUCUUUCAAAUUCCUCGGGUUUUAUUUGUGUGAGAGAGAGAGAGAUGGCUCUGACGCAGAGGCUUCACGAAGCCUUCAAGGGGACCGUAGAGAGGAUCACGUCCCACCGCACAGUAUCCGCAUUCAAAGAGAAAGGCGUUCUCAGCGUCUCCGAGUUCAUCAUCGCUGGUGAUAACCUCGUCUCUAAAUGCCCCACUUGGUCCUGGGAAUCAGGAGAGCCAAGCAAGAGGAAGUCGUACCUACCUUCUGAAAAGCAGUUCUUAAUUACUAGAAAUGUCCCUUGUCUACGAAGGGCUGCAUCUGUUGAAGAGGAAUACGAAGCGGCAGGUGGGGAGGUUCUUCUUGAUAAUGAAGACAACGAUGGCUGGUUGGCUACUCAUGGGAAGCCCAAGGAUAAAAGUGACGAGGUGGAAAACUUGCCUUCUAUGGAGACUUUAGAAAUUAGCAAGCAGAGGGCUGUGAAGCCGAUCGUCUCAGAAUUUGGUGAUCAGGAUGAAGAAGAUAUUCCUGACAUGGCCGAUUAUGAAGAACCCGACAACCUUGUUGAAGUAGAUGCUGCAACUCUGCCAUCAACAUAUAUUGUUGCUCGGGAACCUGAUGAUGACAAUAUUUUACGGACUCGAACUUAUGAUGUCAGCGUCACGUAUGAUAAGUACUAUCAGACACCUCGUGUGUGGCUUACUGGGUAUGAUGAGUCAAGGAUGCUUUUGGAGCCGGAGCUUGUACUUGAAGAUGUUAGUCAAGAUCAUGCUCGCAAAACGGUAACUAUUGAGGGCCAUCCACACAUGUCUGGGAAGCAUGCGUCGGUGCAUCCAUGUCGACAUGGAGCUGUGAUGAAAAAGAUCAUCGAUGUACUAAUGUCACGUGGAGUUGAACCAGAAGUUGAUAAGUACCUAUUCCUAUUCUUGAAAUUUGUUGCCUCUGUAAUUCCAACAAUUGAAUAUGACUACACCAUGGACUUUGAUCUUGGCAGCUCCAGCAAUUGACCCAUAGAUAUGAGAUGGCUUAUGGUGUUUUACGACCUCAGUAUAUAUGUUCCCCGGCUUAACCAGGCCCUGUAAAUAUCGUUCAAAUUAUUUUUAAAUGAAAUCUCUUUCAGAUGUUGAAUGUGUUAUUCGGGAGGCAGCCGUUCAAAUUAUUUGCAUAUAUCUUGCUCAUAUUUUAAUUUCCUGAAAUAUAGAAAGUAUGGACCUGUGUUCUUUCUUUCA